CAGACUGCUGUGCCUCGCGUGCCAGGCCCUGCUUAUUCCCGCGCUGUUCAAGACCCUCUAGAGGCCUCUGUGGGUAGUCUGUCGGUGCCCAGAUCGCCAGGAGAACGCAGCAGACCUUUCAGAACGUGCGGCGAGCCCUGGAAUUGCCGACUUUCUGCCCAAGCGAUCAGCACCUCGCGACACCCCCCCAGCCUCGCCUGAUUCCGGCCCCUGCACCAAGCGCCGGCAGCUGGAGGAGCGGCAGUGACGUGCCGGCGUAGCAGUCUAGCUUGGCAGGUGGUGGCGGCCAGCAGCCAGCGGCGGCGCCAUGGGCACCAGCAGCAGCAAGCCGGACAAGGUGGUGCAGGAGCUGCCGGACGACGAAAACUACUUUGGGCUGGAGAACUUUGGCAACACCUGCUACUGCAACAGCGUGCUGCAGACGCUGUACUUCUGCAAGCCCUUUAGGGAGCAGGUGCUGCAUUACGGCGCACGCCUGCAGGCGGCGGCGGCCAGCAGCAAGCAGCCGCCGCCCGAAAACAUGCUGACCUGUCUGGCAGAGCUCUUCCUCCAGGCGAGGCUGCUGCUGCUGGUGAACGGCCAGAAAAAGAAGUGUGGGUUUGUGUCGCCGCGGCGCUUUGUGAGCCGAGUGAAGGCUGAGAACGCGCUGUUCAGCUCGUACAUGCACCAGGAUGCCCACGAGUUCCUCAACUGGCUGCUGAACGACAUCAGCGAGGCGCGCAGCCCCACCAAGGCAGCGGCCUCCUCCUCCGCAGCAUGCGCCCGCUCCCCCUCCCUGCAGCUGCUCAGCCAGGCGGCGGCCAAGGCGGCGGCGGUGCGCAACCGGCCGGUGCGCACCUGGGUGCACGACUUGUUCCAGGGCAAGCUGGUCAACGAGACGCGGUGCCUGCAGUGCGAGACAGUGACCAGCCGCGAGGAGGACUUUUACGACCUCUCGCUGGAGAUCGACCAGAACUGCUCCCUCACCUCCUGCCUGCGCAACUUCAGCUCCACCGAGACGUUGGAUGCCGAGGACAAGUUUUUCUGCGACAAGUGCGGCUGCCUGCAGGAGGCGCAGAAACGCAUGCGGCUGGCGCAGCUGCCGCCGGUGCUCUGCAUGCACCUCAAGCGCUUCAAGUACAUAGAGAGCAUGGGCAGGUUGAAGAAGCUGAUGCACCGGGUCACUUUCCCCUGGGAGCUCAAGAUGAUCAACACCACAGACGACUGCCCAGACGCGGAUACGGCCUACGAGCUGUUUGCGGUGGUGGUGCACAUGGGGGCGCACCCCAACCACGGUCACUACGUGGCGCUGGUGCGCACGCCCUGCGGCCAGUGGGUGUGCUUCGACGAUGAGCAGGUCAACGCUAUCACAGAGGCGCAGGUGCAGAGCGUGUUUGGGCACACCCAGGACUGGCACCCCAUGCGGGACGACCAGCCGGGGCCGCACGCAGACCACGGCUACAUCCUCAUGUACCAGCGAGUGCAGCAGCCGGGGUUGCCGCGGCAGGCGCAGCAGCAGCAGCGCAAGGAUCCGCAAACGUAGCAGCGGGGGCGCGGAGCGGCGUGCAGCAAGCUGUAGAUGCAGCAGCUGCAUGCCACGCCCCCCUGGCAUGCUUGACAUUGUGGUGUGCAUGCUACAAUUACCUGCUGUUGUAACUAACACGCCUC